AUGGAGGAAGACUCCAACGUCAACAUCCUUGAUGACUGGAAGGAUGGGAGUGUCCUUGAAAUGUCAUCUGUCUCCCUUCCCCCUUCUCCCCGCCUCCUACUUCCUCUCUGUUCAGACACUUCGCCACACCCUGCCUGGCUUUUCAGACCCCAGUCUCCAGAUUCCCUGGGCCCAGCCAUGGGAGUUCCCACCCUCGGCCUGGCCCUAAUCCUGGCCCUGCUCCUGACCCCAGGGGGUUUCAACCAGGUCUCAGCUCAAAAUGAAGCUAGUCCCUGCCCAGCCGUGGGCCCGGGGAUCCUGGCUGGGAUUGUGCUUGGAGAUCUCGCUCUGACCAUUCUCAUUGCCCUGGCUGUUUACUAUCUGGGCCGCCUUGUGCCUCCAGGUCGGAAUGCCCCUGAAGCUUCCAAGAAACAGAGGAUGACAGAGACAGAGUCCCCCUAUCAGGAACUCCAGGGCCCUAGAUCAGACGUCUACAGUGACCUCACUACCCAACGUGGAUUCUACAGAUGACUCAUGACUCAAUCCAAGGAUGGCCAGUGUGGGAAGCUCACAGCCUCUGACUCCAAGAACCCCAGCCCUGCUAACCCCUUACUUCUCCCUUUUCUUGUCCCUUCUUUGAUCUUUGGGACUUUCUUUCUCCUCCCACCAUCCCUCUCACAAUAAACUUGGAACAGAUA